CGCAGGGGCCAUAUAUCGCAUCGUGAACGCCGUCUCUCUAAGUCUCCUGCAAUCGGCGCGGGCACUACGCCCCCUCUGCUCUAGCAGCGCUGCCAGCCUGCUGUUUCACAGUUCCCAGCUCUAAUUCGCGCCGUAGUUCAGUAGAUAAUAGAGCCACGUCCGCCAUGGAUCGGCCCCAGCAGCAACGGACCCGGUCUAAGUCGACCUUCUCGUUCAAGAGCGACAAGAGCCACACGUCGGGUCACAAGGGGAAAGAACACCUGCACGAGUCUCCCGAAGAGAAGAGAAGGAGCCAUCUGACGGCGACGACCAAGGCGAACCCGAAUGCUGCCAUGAACGAAGCCCAGCCAAUUGCCGCCGCGCUGGAGAAGCCCACCCUGCAGUCGCUGCGCUCAUUCCAGCACACCGAUACAAAUGGCCAAGUCAUUGCCGAACCCGACCUCUCCAACCCAACACGAUCUCGUUGGGAGCGCCCGCUCGACACCAUCCGGUCUUUCGAGGCAGCUAUUGAUAAUGAAUACAGACGGAGAGCACAGACGAUGAGGCCUGAGUCCUCCACAGAAGUUAUGAAUGGGUAUACAAGCCGCAGGAGCAGCUACUAUGGAGGCCAUGACCAAAAUCGCUUCUCCCAAGUUUCUGGUUAUUAUGGCACCCGACAAGCCGCUGCUGCUCGCGAGAGCUGGGCAGAGAGCGGCUAUGGUCCUACGGGUGGCCCUGCGGGCGGCCCUCCACGAUCCCGUUACAACCGUAUGCAAUCAGACCAAGGCUACAAUCGGUACGCUAAUGGGCACGGCGUCUAUCCCAACCAAAGCUAUCAGCAAUCACAAUCGCGAGACACCGUGAACACGGGAGGGUCGAAUGGAAGUCAUAGUGACCCUUACUCGACCGACCCCAGCAGCGAGAAUAGCUCCAUCGAGCGUGCAACCCCGGUUACAAAGCCCGACAUGGGCGAGCAGUACGGAUUCUCAGGAUUUGGGGGUGGGCCCCAAUUCCAAGGCCCUAUUCUUGAAGAGUUUGGAAAUGGAGCCAGACUGUCGAACAAUGGAUAUUCCCAACAACAAUAUCCUACCAGUGCCAACAUUCCACCUCCGGUACCUGCAAAGACGAGCCUACUCCCACCCAGCAAUGGCCGUCCUAUCAAGCUCAACGACGGGCAGGUGCAACCCGGAGCUAGCGUGAAUGCCAGGUCAGGUGUCCUGCAGCGCAACAACACAGAGAAGAGGAAGAGUUGGUUCAAAAGGCGAUUUAGCAAGGACUAAAUGAGGACGAAUUUCCAAGUUAGAUGGCAUGAUUCUUGGCGACGUUUUGAGGAACAAUUUCUUAAGCUAACCAUUAUGUGAAUGCUUGCUUAAAGGAAUUCCCUCGGAGGUCUCGUCAACUAUGGGCUAGGCGUUGCAGGCGUGGCUUCUGAUUUGGAACUACGAAAAUCAUGAUAACGAAGGCAUUGGGUAUGUUGGGGACCUUAGUAGCAGAAAGGAUCUUGACAACCUGAUGCGGCGAGCAUGCAAUGGGGACUGACAGGAUACGUAAGAUUCAUAUGGAGUUUCGGAAUGUCCUAAUGGAACCGACUGCCAGGCUCAACCGUAAUUUUUUUUGGGUCUGUCAAAUACUUUGUGGCGUAGUUCGCAAGCUACAUUAGGUAAUUUGUAAUGUCGUGCCGCAUUUCAG